CAAUUCGGCAACGUAACACAUGUUCUUCGAGAGGUCACUUCUUAUCAAAGAGACAUAUUUUGCGGCGGUCUCUUUGUCGAUCAGAACCAACAGCUUCUUUCCGCUGGGUCGGUGACCUGUCGUCGAUCACCGUCGAGCAAUAUGCAUUUAUGACGUGCCUGUUCCUUCUUGACAACCAGCAAGCUAUUGCAGCUCUCGCAGGUAUGAGAGAUACACAUCUCGGACAUUAUCUUUGAGUUUCUGAGAAACGAGGGCAGCUUAUCGGCGAUACUGUAUCAUUGCCAUUAUCAUCUCGACAAAGCAUUCGCAAAAUGGCUCAAAGCGCCGCUCUGUUAACGCGCAUAGUGGCAUCCUCCGUUUCCGCCACCGUACAAGCCGGCAAGAUAAUCCGGGAUGUGUUGAGCAAAGGUGGGCUGAACAUUGUGGAAAAGGGCAAGAACGAUCUGCAAACGGAGGCGGAUCGUUGCGCCCAACGGUGCAUCAUAACUUCGCUCAGUCGCCAGUUUCCAAACAUCACGAUCAUCGGCGAGGAAGAGCCGUCUAGCUGCGAGGUGCCGUCAGAGUGGAUCAUCACGGAAGCGGACCAAGAGGUGUUGCAAUUGAAACUACCGACCCACUUGGAGGACGUCAAUCCCAAGGACGUGUGCGUCUGGGUAGAUCCUCUAGACGGUACGGCGGAGUACACGCAGGGACUGGUGGAGCACGUUACGGUACUGGUCGGCGUGGCGAUCGGCAAAACGGCAGUCGGAGGCGUAAUUCAUCAACCCUACUACAAGAGUGACGAGAACAGCCCGUACAUUGAAAACGGCCGUACAUUGUGGGGUAUCGACGGCGCGGGAUUCGGGGGGUUUACUCCAAAGCCGCCGCCGGAUGGGAAGAGGAUAGUCACGACUACCCGCUCGCACUCCGACGGUAUCGUUCAAAGUGCCAUAAAGUCGUUGGAGCCCGAUGAAGUGACACGCGUCGGUGGUGCUGGCCACAAGGUGAUUCUUCUGUUGGAAGGAAAGGCUCACGCAUACGUGUUUGCUAGUCGCGGAUGCAAGAGAUGGGACACUUGCGCGCCCGAAGCCAUUCUUCAUGCAAUCGGCGGUGUUUUAACCGAUCUCCAUGGCGAACGCUAUUCUUAUAAUAAGGAAACGACGUAUGUAAAUGUCAGAGGCGUACUGGCCACUGCGCCUGGUCAGCCGCAUCAGUGGUAUUUAAGUCAUAUACCUGACGAAGUGAAACAAAAGUUACAAUAGGUGUGCCUGCGUACUACGCGGCUUUUCAAUUGGCAUCGUCCAAUGAUAUUUAAUAACUUAAAUAAAAAAUUUUAAUCAUCCUCAGUGGGUAUAAUAAAAACAUUCCGUACAGUUCUAUAUUUUUCAACACUUGAUAUCGACAUAGGGUUCUUAUUUAUAAAGCAAAGACGACUGUUGGUCUCGAAAUAAUCUUAAAAUAAAAUUACGACAAAAAAAA